CAUACUACUAGUUCGCAAAAAGUUAAUUUUCCACCAAGUUAUUUACUUAUAUAUUUUAAAAUCACUAAUUAUGGCGUUACUAAAUGAUAUUUUUUAAAGAUUAGGAACAGAAAAUAGCCACUGGAACAUAUCAGCAGUGGAAGUGGGCACAAAGUUAAGUGAAGGAAUAUAUAAGACGCUCAGAAUAAAAGCAAAAGUAGUUGCUGCGAACUGAAGAAAGAAUAAAUCAUAACUGCUACUCAAAGCAAAGAGGAAUAGAAGUUUUUUUUCUUGAUUUGUGAGUUAUACUUCGUUUUAGUCGCAGCACGGAACCACCCUAUGUUUGAAAACAACAAUAAAAACAUAUGUAUAUGAAUAAUAGGCAAUCGCAGAAAUCGGGAGACAUGGUUCGGUUUUGACUUGCCUGUUGUAUGAAGUAAGCAGAUUCAAAAAAUAGCAGCAAACGAAAAGACGACAAAAUAUAUUCAUCAUCGAGUUAUAUUUCACGCGCAUCGAGACUGACAAUAGACAGCAGUAGCAGCAUUAGCAACAAUAGUACAGUUUACUAGUUAAAGUCGUGCGGUUAUUAAAUUAAAUUGAGUCGUCUUCAACAAUUCUAUGCGCUGCCCCUGUAGUAAAAAUUCGUUUGUAAGAUAAAAGGAGCAGGAGUAAGACCUUAAAGAACAGAGAGAAGAUAUACUUGUGGAAAAUGCAACAAGAUUGCAGUGAAGAAAGUUGGCUGGAAGAGCAAUGUCAUCGGGAGAUCAACGCCCAAAACGACGAGCACGAACGCGACUAUGUACGGCAUCGGGAUACCGCUUUGAGUAAUGUUUGGGGUGCAUUUCAGGAUUCGGCUACGGCAGUAGCACAUCUUUAUAGAGAGCGUUCGUCGAAUACCUAUCCCGAUACAGGCGCAUUAUGGCUUCCAUUUCAAACAGCUGCGGGUACUGUAACAACACUUUACAAAGAAGCAUGCGAUGGUGUCAAACGUACCAGUGAGACAGCUGUACAGUGCGGCUAUCAGCGGCGAACACGAGAAUUGGCAGACUGGGCAAGGAGUAAAAAACGUCGGAUGAUACGUCGCGAGGACCUUUUAUCUUACUUAGCUGGCAAACCGCUAACAAACACUAAUCGUCGUUCACCAAAGCCAGAACAUUCGCACACCCACUCAAACAACAGUGCUGUGUUUAGCACAAACGCUUCACAUCAUUCAUCGCCUCAUAUGUACUCCUCCUCACACCACCAUCAGCAUCAUCAUCAAGCAAUCGGCGGUACUACUAAUGAGCCAACAAAUGAUUUACACACAUUUAAAGAAGCACUUGUCUUGCGGCCACGUGGGCCGGAACUGUUUGCAUUUGUAGCCAACGAAAUUGCCCGUCACUGUAAACGUCCAGCCAGCCCCAUCGAUGAUAAAAUGGAUAUCUGCCACUAUAGCAGUAAACGCCAACGUUUCAUGUAGAAAUGUUUAAUUUAGCUUACAAAGAUAGUGUUAAAGCAAUUUAUGCAUAGUUACCCUUUGAAUGGUAGUCAUAUGUAGUCGGCAAGGAUACACAAGCAAAAAUAAAAUAAAAUAAAACAACAAAUUAUAUAACUUAGACCAUCUCAAGGAAAUACAAAAACUAUUCAAUACACAGUAUAAUCACAAUUGGAGGUUGGUAAGAUUAUAAACGAAUAAGAUGAAUUUUUGAAUUUAAAAAUAAUUAAAUGCGCGAUAUGCUCGUUUAAUAUAUGAACGCUUAACCGUUAUUCGAUACAAUAUAUCCUUAAAGCAAAAAAAAAAAAAAAAACAAAUACAAGUGCUAGUGCUAGUGCAAGUAUUUCCAAUUAACAAGUUUGUUUAUUAUUUAUUUCUCUUUACUCGGCAAAUAUUGGCACUUUCGUAGAUAUCAGUAGAGUAAUAGAAAUUUGCAUCUGAAAUCUUUUUUCUAUAAAAAUUAUUUAAUUGGAUUUAUUUCAUAACACAAGUAUUAUAUUUAAAGUUAAUGUGUUUCCAAACUAAAGUGAUAUGGGCGUCAACAUUUGGAUUACCUUAUUUUUAAGAAAAAUACUUUUGUUUGUUAAAAUUUAUUUAUACAAUCACACAGAACGUGAUUAAUUUAAACAUAGUCAGUGAAACACGCUAUUUCAAUAAAUAUACGCGAAUGAGGUAAAUUUACAUGCAUAGCUAUAUAAGUUUAUACACUGUACGUAGUAUAUACAUUGAAAAUAUGAAGACGUGAUUGAAACUAAGCACACAAGUAUUUAGGAUUUAGUUUGUGGUUUGUUGAAAAUUUACUACGAUCUAGUUAUGUAUGUAGAUACUUGUAUUAAGUGCUACUAUUUAAGCGUUGGGAAUUAAUAUCAAACAGCUCUCAUAUUCACAUCCUAUCUUAGUGCAUUGUAAAUGCAAACAACUGUACAAUUCAAAUGAAACAUGCAUACGUGAAUAUAAAUACAAAAUAAAACUUUUGUGAAGAGAAAUAAU